AUGCCUUACUCAGCAAACCUUGCCAGCCAGAAUGAGGCUGCCCUCGACCACUUCAUCCAGAUGCCAGUAUCCCAGGACAUGAUCUCAUACCUUGCAUCGAGAGCAUCACAAGUCAUCCGCUGCGAGCCAUCAUUGAACAAGAACCUGCCACCCACCCCUCCUACUACCCCUCCUCAGCAUGCUGCGUCUCACAUCAGGGAAACUCCCCUUCCAUCGCUCGAGGAAUUCAUCACAUCGCUUGUCGAGAGGUCACACGUGCAGGUCUCCACCCUGAUGUCUUCGCUUGUGUACCUUUCUCGGCUUCGGAGCCGUCUUCCUCCUGUCGCCAAGGGAAUGCCCUGCACUGUCCACCGUAUCUUCCUUGCGUCCCUCAUCCUUGCGGCUAAGAACCUGAACGACUCGUCGCCCAAGAACAAGCACUGGGCCCGAUACACCGCGUGCCGAGGAUACGAGAGCUUUGGCUUUUCGAUUACAGAGGUCAACCUGAUGGAGAAGCAGCUCUUGUUCCUUUUGGACUGGGAUCUCCGCAUCAACCCAGAGGACCUUUACUACCACCUCGAACCUUUCCUAGCUCCCAUCCGUGUUUACCAGGCACGAAAGGCUGAGCAGGCGAGAGCCGCUGAGCAGAAGUCUCGCUCGCGCCUUGAUGUCUCGUACCAGUCCGCGCCCUACUCUUCGUACUCGAGCCACCCGUCGUCUCGUGAGGCAUCGCGAACACCGUCAUUGUCGCCACCUACGCGUAGCUCCUCUGCGUCCAGUGCUUCCGACUCCCCCGACAGCUUCAGUGACUACGACGCGGGCCAGAACGCCCACCUUGUACAUAUCCAACACUCGCUCCCAUUGUAUGAGGACAAGCCGUCGAAGAAGGCGAAAACCUCGGGCGGAUUCUUCAACAGAAUGUUCGGCGCGGCCCCUGUAAACGGCCCAUACCGCCAACAGUCCUAUUAA